AUGUGGGGAGACCUCAACCAGACUACCGAGCCAUUAUUUCUGCACUAUCCGAAUCCCACAGUACCCUUCAUCCUAUCAGCAGACGCAUCAGUUAUUGGCAUCAGCGGCAUAUUACGUCAAACUACUCAGCAUGGCACUAGAAUAUGUUAUUAUAAACCUCGUACAUUGUCCGCUGCCGAAAAACGUUAUGAUCCAAUGGAGCGCGAGGCAUUAGCUAUUUAUUGGAGUAUAAAGCAACUACGUGAAUACAUUGGAUAUUUUGCUCUCGGCAAUGCUCUCGGCCCCGAUAAUGCCCGAUAUUUUGCUUUUUUCAAGUUAUUAUCGUGGGCAAAGCGUCCAACUUAA